AUGGAAGAGUACGUACGUCCGUCAACGGUAGUACGACUCCCUCGGUUACCAAAUGACUGGUUUGCCGAUCAAUCACAGGAUCAAUCACAGGAUCAAUCACAGGAUCAAUCACCGGGUCAAUCACCGGGUCAAUCACCGGGUCAAUCACCGGGUCAAUCACCGGGUCAAUCACAGGAUCAACCGUCAGAGGUUUCAUCUGUUUCAGCAGUGCGGACGACUCAACUGAAAGAACCAGAAGGAAAACCACUUUACGUAGCAUAUUUAGCCUAUAUUCGAACCUCUCGAACCUCUACCAAACCCGCAGGACUGAACUAG